AGCUGCUGAUCCCUUGGGGCAGAAGUUUUGCUGCUGGCAGGAGGAGGCUGGGUUGGCAUGGGGCAGUGUCUGAGGCACCAGAUGCAGUGGGAGGAUCUGGAAGAGUACCAGGCUCUGACCUUCCUGACAAGAAAUGAGAUUCUGUGUAUCCACGACACCUUCCUGAAGCUCUGCCCCUCAGGCAAGCACUAUAAGGAGGCCACACUGACCAUGGAGCAGGUCAGCUCCCUUCCUGCUCUGAGGGUCAACCCUUUCCGAGACCGCAUCUGCAAGGUGUUCUCACACAACAACGUGUUCUCCUUUGAAGAUGUCCUGGGCAUGGCGUCGGUGUUCAGUGAGCAGGCUUGCCCCAGCCUGAAGAUAGAAUAUGCCUUUCGCAUCUAUGAUUUUAACGAGAAUGGCUUCAUUGACGAGGAAGACCUUCAGAAAAUCGUGCUUAGACUGCUGAACAGUGAUGAUGUGUCUGAGGACCUGCUGAUGGACGUCACGCACCACGUCCUGAGCGAGUCAGAUCUGGACAAUGACAACAUGCUGUCCUUCUCCGAGUUCGAACACGCAAUGGCCAAAUCUCCAGACUUCAUGAAUUCCUUCCGGAUCCAUUUCUGGGGAUGUUGA